CUCCUUCCUCCCCUUCCAAGGGCUUUGUCUCCUCUGCCCUCCUCCAUCCUGAGCAGCCUUCCUGGGAAGAUGCCACCAGUCCUGAUUCUCCUGACCCUUCUUCUGCCUCUCAGAGCUGGAGCAGAGGAGAUAAUUGGAGGCAAUGAGAUCAGUCCACAUUCCCGUCCCUACAUGGCAUAUUAUGAGUUUCUGAAUGGUGGGAAGAAGAUGUUCUGCGGAGGCUUCCUGAUUCGAGAAAAAUUCGUGCUGACAGCUGCUCACUGCAAAGGAAGGGAAAUGACAGUCACACUGGGGGCCCACAAUAUCAAGGCUAAGGAGGAGACACAGCAGAUCAUCCCUGUCGCAGAAGCCAUUCCCCAUCCAGACUAUAAUCCUGGUGACCGUUCUAAUGACAUCAUGCUAUUAAAGCUGGUGAGAAAUGCCAAGAGGACUAGAGCUGUGAGGCCCCUCAACCUUCCCAGGCAUAAUGCCCAUGUGAAGCCAGGGGAUGUGUGCUAUGUGGCUGGUUGGGGAAAGGUAACCCCGGACGGGGAAUUCCCAAAAACACUGCACGAGGUUAAGCUGACAGUACAGAAGGAUCAGGUGUGUGAGUCCCAGUUCCAACGUUCUUACAACAGAGCUAAUGAGAUAUGUGUGGGAGACUCAAAGAUCAAGGGAGCUUCCUUUGAGGAGGAUUCUGGAGGCCCACUUGUGUGUAAAAGAGCAGCUGCAGGCAUCGUCUCCUAUGGGCAAACUGAUGGAUCAGCUCCACAAGUCUUCACGAGAGUUUUGAGUUUUGUAUCAUGGUUAAAGAAAACGAUGAAACACAGCUAGUACAAGAAGCAAACUAGAUCCUGAUCUGACCAGCCAUCUUCCCCAUAGCUGAGUCCAGGAUUGCUCUAGGGCAGAUGGCAGCAACUGAAUAAAGAACUUUCUCUGACUGCAAA